GUCAUGGCUGCGCCCAUGUCGAAGGACACUGGGACUGAUAAAAUUCCAGUUUUAACUCCAAAUGACGUUCAAAAUUUUAGUUUUAUAGUCGAUAAUGUUAUUGGUGAAAAGAAGAAGCAUAGAAACUUCUUUAUGCCGUUUGGUACUGCUCCUCAGAUGCCAAAAUCAAAAGAAGAAGUAUUCAUUACUGCAUUUUUUGAAAGUUGUUCAUUCAGAGCCUCUGCAAGUUGUGUUGCAGGUUUUGCAUUAGGAGGAGCAUUUGGUCUGUUUACAGCAGGUAUUGAUCCAAUGUCUACAAUGACAACAGAGACACCGACCACCAGGAUGGUACUCAAAGAAAUGAAAUCAAGAUUCUUUUCAUAUGGUAAAAACUUUGCCUUAGUGGGUUGUAUGUUUGCCGGAACAGAAUGCUGCUUAGAGUCAUACCGAGGAAAGACAGAAUUAAUCAAUGGUACAAUAUCUGGAGGCAUUGUAGGAGGUGUUUUAGGCCUAAGAGCUGGACUAAAGGCUGGCAUGCUUGGUGCAGCAGGAUUUGCAGUGUUUUCUACAGCUAUAGAUUAUUACAUGAGACACCAUUAACACAGGCUAAACCCACCAAAUAUUCACAUGGUGGGCUCUUAUUAAACACAGACUAAACCCAACUAACAUACAGAUGACAGACUGUUAACACAUUACUUUUGUAAAUUGUACUUUUUGGAACUGCUUCACAGAAGAGUUUAUAGUAGUAUAAGUUUAUUGGCUGGUGUUAAGAAUCUGGGAUUAAAAAAGAGUUAUAGAUUUUUACCUAACGUUAAGAGUAUUACUCUAUUAGCUUUUUGACUUGUAGGAUGAUAUUGUGUAUUAUAUUUGUGAAGUUUUUGAUUUGUAAAUGAAUAAAUGUUUUUGAAGA